UCCAACAUCUGGUACUUCAGGUCUUCACAGCAAAAUUUAUCAACCUGCGCAUACGUUUAUUUAACAAAAAUUGUUAUCAAUUGAGAUAGUAAAUAAAUAUAACACGAUAAUUCUUCGAUGUCACUUAAAAGGCAAUUGAACGCGAAGAAAUAUAUUCUCCUAUUACUUCUCGGUGGACUCGCCUUUUUGCCAAUUAUACAGUUUAUAAAAAGUAGUUCAUCGGAUAUGGGGCAUUGCAUUUUUUGUGAGAUUUCUGCGGGGAAACAACCAAACACUGUAAUUGAAUUCGAAAACGACGAAAUUGUUAUCUUUAAGGACAUUAAACCAUCAUCAAAAUAUCAUUACUUGGCAGUUCCUAAACGUCAUAUCGAGAACUUGAAAACUUUGACGAAAGAGGAUGAGGGGCUGGUGGACCGUAUGGAGGAAGGCUUGAAGUCAUUAUUUGGAAAAAUGAAUAUCAGUACAACAGAUGCUUUGUUUGGCUUUCACUUGCCGCCUUUCAUAACUGUAAAACACUUGCACAUGCAUGGAAUAGCACCUCGCUCCACAAUGUCCUUUUUACAUAGGAUAAUGUUCAAACCAGGGACGGCAUGGUUUAAAACGGUCGAAGAAGCGCGUAGUUAUCUGCAAGAAAAAGCUUAGAAUACCCGCUUUUAUGUAUACAUACAUAUAUAUUUUUUACAUACUCACAGUUCGGUGCAAUAGAUUUGAAAAUGCAAUUAGUAUAUAUUUAUAAAUUGGAAAAA